GGACCCAGGUAAACCACAACAAAUAGUAAAGGUGCAGAAUAUAAUGCGAGAGCAAUAAAUAAAUGACUCUAGGAAUUUUUAUACUGGUUUAGAACCAAUGUGAUAUCUUAAUCCAGUCCCUUGAGUUGCAACUUGCAAGGAGGUUAUCUCUUUAAGCUUUUUGUAAUUUGAGUUGAGUAUAACCUUUGUGGUUUUCCGCGGUUCACCACCAAUAUUUACAAGGUUGGUUUCUACUCGCUCACCAACAACGAACAAGGGUUGAUUUUGACAUGCUCACCAACAAUGUACAAGGUUGGUUUUUCACUCAUUCACAAACGACUUUUUGGUUCUCACUCGCUCACCAAAGAAACGGGCAAUGACAUAACCUCUUAAAAGUAGAACAAAGAACUUGAAGAUGGUUGAGACGAAAGUAUGUGAGGCUGCAUGCUUUUCUUCUUUUAGGAGCUUGUAUUUGUAGCCUUUCAACUUGUUCUUGGCAUUGCAUAACCCAAGGGAAUUUCGUCGAUUGUUCCUCAAUCUUUUUUGUGAUUCUGCUUCCUUGAGGGAUAUCUUCUUAUUGAUUCCUUGACCGUGGAGAGCUUCCCAUCUUUUCUGACAUCCAAGUGUGUUGUCAAAGUUCCUUGAAUAUCUCAUUAAAUGCCUUUCCUUGUUGUAGCAAGUUCAUGGUAGUUGAAACAUUAAUGAUCCUUCCUUCUCUUUCUUGAUAUUCCAGCGAACUCUUUAUUAGUAUAUGAACCUGGUCAUACUUUGUAGGGACGUAUUUGCCUAACUGACACAUCUGAAGGAAUCAAUGUUAGAUUUAUUGGAUCCUUAGCAAUUCAUGCGAGGAUUGGUCAUUGGGGAUAGAAAUCCCUUUUUAUGAUACUUCUGAGAGGUCAACCGGGAUACGGAUGAAUACUAUAUAGUAGCGGCAGGAAAUUCUUUAGCCUUAAAUCGGGUUAUGCAGGUUGAACAGGUUGUUCCAGCCUGAUACCGUCAGGAAUUCUUGACUAUUGCCUUCUCUGAAACUUGGACAAUAUAUGAGACUUCCUUAUUUGAUGUGACUUUCCAGAUUGAGAAAAAAGAGGACCAUUGCCUGAUUGCCAUGAGAAAAUUUAGAAGGAUGUGAGUGCAAACAUGAGAGGAGUUUUGGUGGACUGGCUGGUGGAAGUUGAAGAGGAAUACAAACUUCUUUCAGACACAUACUAUUACACGGCAGAGGAAGUGCCUCGCCUGUUCCACAAGCAAGUUCAGCUGAUAAAGUUUUGCCGCUUCCUUUACUUUCACUUGAAUUUUAUGUGAACCUCAGAAUUUAAAAUAAAAUAAAAUAUGUUAUUUGUUGGCAAUGAAUUUGUUUAAGAAUCAUUUGCCUAAAAGCAUAAAUUGGUAAGCCAUCAUCAAGCCUUCUUCAUUCUCUCAUCAUCAAGUAAUGAAUUCUAUUCCAAUCAAUCUCUUCCUUGAAACUAAAAACUCUAAAGCCCUUAUUCUCCAAACCUUCCAAAUAGUGAAUAAUACGUUUAAUCCCAUUCUUGAAUUUAGUAAUCCUUAAUGUUAUCAAAUCCUUCUCUGCUUCAAUACCGUUUUUUGCUUCACAGCUCCUCAUAAACUCCAAUCCUGUUCAUUUUUUUCAACAAACUAAAAGUUCAAUCAAUCUCACCCAUAACAGAACUCAACUUUUUAUUUAUUUUUUGCACUAAAACCCCAUCAAGUAACCCAUUCAAAUAUUUCAGAAAAACAUCCUUUAAUCUGUCAUUCAACUCUUUUUAUUAGAUGCCACCUCAAUGUUUUCUUUAACGCAUGGAGUAUACUCAAUAUCAUAGUAGAACAGGUGUUAAAAAAAAUAUUGAGGUGUCAUUGGAUAAAGAAGAAUUGAAUGGUAGGUUAAAGGAUGUUUUUCUGAAAUAUUUGAAUGGGUUACUUGAUGGGGUUUUAGUUCAAAAAAGAGAUAAAAAGUUGAGUUUUGCUAUGGGUGAGAUUGAUUGAACUUUUAGUUUGUUGAAAAAAACGAACAGGGUUUGAGUUUAUGAGGAGCAGUUGAAGCAAAAAAGGGCAUUGAAGCAGAGAAGGAUUUGAUAACAUUGAGGAUUACUAAAUUCAAGAAUAGGAUUAAAUGUAUUAUUAAUUAUUUGGAAAGUUUGGAGAAUGAGGGUUUUAGAGUUUUUAGUUUUAGGGAAGAGAUUGAUUGGAAUAGAAUUCAUUAUUUGAUGAUGAGAGAGUGUAGAAGGCUUGAUGAUGGCUUACCAAUUUAUGCUUUCAAGCAGAUGAUUCUUAAACAAAUUCAUUGUCAAUGGGUAACUAUCAACAACAACCCAGUGAAAUCCCACAACGUGGGGUCUGGGAAGGGUAUAGUGUACGCAGACCUUACUCCUACCAAGGUAGGACGACUGUUUCCGAAAGACCCUCGGCUCAAUAGAAGACAUAAAAAGAGGUCAGAUAAGGCCAAGAAAUUCAAAGCGAUAUGGAAAUGAAAAUGAUGGAAGCGUCAACGGGUAACUAUCAGUUAUUACAUUUUUUAAGUCUGAGGUUCACAUAAAAUUCAAUUGAAAGUAAAGGAAGCCGCAAAACUUUAUCAACUGGACUUGUCUGUAGAGACACUUCCCUCUGCUGUGUAACAGUUUGGGUCUUUCUGGCUAUAGUUGGAGGAUUUUGAAUUUUCAAUUAUGUUUCCUACAUCAACAGAUUCUUAUCAGUGAAUGUCAUCCCUCGGCAAAGACUUCAGCUUUUGGGUGUUUCUUCAAUGCUCAUUGAUGUUAUGAGGAAAUUAAGCCUCCACAUGUUAAGGAUUUUCAUUACAUUACAACCAAUACAUAUACAAAGAAUGAUGGAGGCUAGCGUGCUACAAUCCCUCAAAUUUGAAAUGGGUAAUCUCACAACCAAAACAUUUCUUAGAAGAUUUACUAUGGUUGCUCAAGAAGAUUACAACAACCCUGAUUUGCAGUUAGAGUUUCUGUGCUACUACCUAGCAGAGUUAAGUUUACCGGAUCACCACUGUGAAAUUCUUGCCUUCUUUGGUAGCUGCUGCUGUGAGAUUUCUGUCAAGGUUCACUUUACAGCCAAAGUCUUGGAGUCUGGCCCUUCAACUCGCUCAGGAUAUAGAGCAGCAGAUCUUAAGGAUUGUGUUCUUAUCAUACAUGACUUUCAAUUAAAUAGAAGAGGAAGCACUUUGGCUGCUGUGAGGAACAAAUACAAGCAGCAUAAGUUCAAAUGUAUGUCAACAUUGUCUUCUCCUCUGGAAAUACUGGAUUGCUUCUUUGAAGAUACAUGCUAAUGAUUACUUGGAUAUAUGCUUAGAAAUUGGAAUGGGACACUACGAUAACUCCUGGAAGAGGUGAACUGCCUUUUUGGUGCUGGCUCAUGCUGCUCUGAGGACAUCAUUUUAGUAGAUUUGGUAUACUCCUCAAGAUGUACGAAAGUUAUAACAGCUAGCUAGUAAGAUAAUCUUGAAUUUUUGUACCUUGGUUUAAGAGCCAUGGAUAGCAAAAAUAAUGAUUCUUCUACAUAGUUGUAGUGAGUGAUGCUUGGAAUUUAGUACAAUACAUUAUUCUUGUAAUAAGCUGGAAACAACUAUAGAAUACUAUUAAUAAAAGGUUUUGAAUGUUAGUAUUGCCUUCAUUUGC